AUGACAGUCGAUACCGAGAGUUGUCACAUGACUCAGCCUGCCACGCCGCCACUCGCAGUUAGCGAUGCAACUGUACUCGACGGCAAGAACAAAAGAGGGAAGCCACUGCGUGAGAAAACCCGAGUGGCGCUGAGGGACAGCCAGACGGGCGAAGGGUGUUGCGCGCGGCUGCUGCCGAUUCGUAUGGCAGGGUUCGCUGACUCAGCGCAAAAACGUGUGUCGCUGUGGUCGCCGAAUUGGAAGAUUUCCCCACCGAUCCCACAGCAGACAAACGCCCACCUACGAAGCGGCGUUGUCAUGAGACUCCGAUCCUGA